AAUACCGGGAAUACCGGGAUGGCGGGAACACCGGGAUGGCGGGAAUGCCGGGCACACCGGAAUGCCGGGAAUACCGGGAAUACCGGGAGCGGGACAGCGGGAAUGCCGGGAAUACCGGGAAUACCGGGAGCGGGACAGCGGGAAUGCCGGGAAUACCGGGAACACCGGGAAUACCGGGAGCGGGACAGCGGGAAUGCCGGGAAUACCGGGAAUAUAGGGAGCGGGACAGCGGGAAUACUGGGAAUGCCGGGAAUACCGGAAUGCCGGGAAUACCGGGAAUACAGGGAGCGGGACAAGGGGAAUACCGGGAAUUCCGGAAUACCGGGAGCGGGAACACUGGGAAUGUCAGGAAUACCGGGAAUACCGGCAACGGGAAUACCGGGAAUGCCUCAAAUGGGACAGCAGGAAUGCCAGGAACGGGAAUACGGGGAAUCCCGGGAAUCCCGGGAAUGCCAGGAAUGCCGUGAACGGGACAGCGGGAAUACUGGAAUACCGGGAAUGCUGGGAAUACCGGGAAUACAGGGAGCGGGAAUACCGGGAAUACAGGGAGUGGGACAGGGGGAAUACCGGGAAUACAGGGAGCGGGAAUACCGGGAAUGGGACACUGGGAAUACCGGGAAUGGGAACGGGACUGGGAAUGGGAACAGGACAGCGGGAAUACAGGGAAUAACGGGAACGGGAAUACAGGGAACGGGAAUGGGACACCAGGAAUACCGGGAAUGGGAGCAGGAACUGGGACAGUGGGAAUGGGAAUGGGAAUACUGGGAAUGGGAGCAGGAAUGGGAAUGGGACAGCGGGAAUCCAGGAAAUACUGGGAAUGGGAAUGCGGGGCUCCCGCAGCUCCGGUGCCGCCUCCCGCACGCCGGGAACGGCGGCGGGUGGGGGGGAUCCCGGCGGGCACUACCGGGGGUGUCGGGGCCGCGCUCCGGGGCUGUCCCCGCGUGUUAG